GCACAACUGGGGCUGCCCACCACAUUUCAAAAUCUGAGCAGCAGCAGUCAGGAAGUUGACGACCGACCACGAUUUUGCACUAACCUCACCACACAGCCAACGAUCUCAAGAUGUCGUCCACGGCUCCCACGACAAAGACCUUUGGCAAGUCGAGCCGGACGGUUCCUCACCACUCCGAGAAGGCCCAGAAGUGGUACCCUGCCGAGGAUGAGUCCAAGCCGCGCCAGAUCCGCAAGGCUAUCCGCUCGUGGUCUCCUCGUGGCUCGCUCCAGCCCGGCACUGUCCUGAUCCUGCUCGCCGGUCGCUUCCGCGGCAAGCGCGUCGUUCUCCUCAAGAGCCUGGACCAGGGCGUUCUCCUCGUCACUGGCCCCUUCAAGAUCAACGGCGUACCCCUUCGUCGCGUCAACUCGAGAUACGUCAUCGCCACAUCACUCAAGAUCGACCUGUCGGGCCUUGACUCGGAGACGAUCACCAAGGUUUCGCAGCCGAAGUACUUCACCGCCGAGAAGGCCAAGGACAAGGCCGGCGAGGAGGCUUUCUUCAAGCAGGGAGAGAAGCCCCAGAAGAAGCAGAUCGCUAGCAGCCGGGUCGCGGACCAGAAGGCCAUUGACAAGGCUCUGUUGGCCAACAUCAAGAAGGUCGAGCUGCUCCCAAGCUACCUCGCCUCUACUUUCAGCCUCCGCAAGGGCGACAAGCCCCAUGAGAUGGUGUGGUAAAUUUGGCUGUCGAGGUUGGGGGUGUGUGACGGGGGGUUUCGGUUUUACGGUAUGGCUUGGCCAAUUGCAUUUGGACGUUUGACGGUUUCUCGGUCCAUUACGGCGUCUGUAAUCAGGGUUUACAGUCAACAAGAUUAUAAAAUCGGGCUUUAGGCUUUGCAAAGGACGAGAGAGAGACCUGAACGACAACCGGAAUAGACCAAACGGGAUGCCCCGAGAGUGGACGUGGAGCGUGUGAAAGGCACUGGGCUCGUGGGAAUGCAGCUAGACGCGGUUUCCCGAUCGCAGUAGCUAGGCAAGCCCACGUCGGAGUGUGACAUGAACAAAAAGUCCAAUGACAUGCUCAGUCGAUACCCAAUAGCCGGCUACAUUGCUGAGAACUCUGCAAAACUUGUGUAAAAUUGCAAAGCCUCUAUCUAAGUUAGCUUCAAGGACAGUGAAAUUGUGCAC